UGCAGGAAAGUAGCAACAGACAUGGCGUUCGUUAGGCAAGCAGUUCUCCUUGUCGUCCUCGUUGGCGCCUGCUGGGCUCACAAGGACGGUGCCCCCGACUCGGCUUGCGCUACCAUGAUUCCCCAGCACAACGACUCAACGCACGACGUGGCCGGGCCCUCAACCCCAUUCCACUUGGUCCAGGAUAAAAGAGACUUCAAGGCUGGAGACGUCGUCGCUGUGACGCUGUCCUCUAGCGGCACGCCCUUCAAGGGUUUCUUCGUGAAGGCUUUCAACGAGAACAACCAGGAGAUCGGACAGUUCGAGACCAGCCCCGAGGCCAAGGCCGUCACCAAGUGCUCCGGCGUCACUCACACAAACCCUGCGGAAAAGACCACCGUCAAAGUCCUCUGGAAGGCGCCUGAGGGAGCCGCCGGCAAAGUGCACUUCAGGGCAACUGUUGUCAUCGACUACCACAAGAGCGUCGGCGGUAUUCAGAGCACCGUGGCGUAAGCAUCGUCUGAAUGACAUUUUCCACUGUACCAUGCCGUUUCAACGACUCUCCACUGAUAAGUGAACUCCGCUCGUCUCGCAACAUUCGAAAGCUUCAUUACCAGGACAAGAUUGGGGUAUUAAUAAUAAAGAGAAAUCUCACCAUUA